CGCCGUAGUAGAAACUCGCGCCUCGCCAGUUCUUCCUGAGCCCUCACACACAGUACCCGCGCCGUGCGCUCGCCGUUUGUAAACAGUGUUGUCAGAUUUAUUCUAAACCUUCAAAAUGGCCAUCAGCAGAUUGUCCAUCCUUAAGUUCUUGGAGCUGGCGCUGACAGUCUCCUGCGUGGGAAUACACGCCGUGAGCUUCAACGGAGACGUGGAGACCGGCAUGUUGGUGACUGGCACCUUCGUCGGGUACCUCAUCGUCAUUGCUGGAGCUGCUUGCGGUUACGUCCUCCAGACCCCGUCCCACAAGCGCGUGGACAUCUUCUACACGCUCAUCGGAGUUGGCCUCUUCAUUGCCAGCGGUGCCAUCCUCAUUGACAGGUUCCACAACGCCUCCCGGAGUGAGUUCGUGAACAAGAACCUGGCGAAGGCCUCCCUGUCCAUCAUCAACGGUGCCGUCCUGCUGGUGGACGCCAUCCUCACCCAGCGAGGCGGUUAAGCCGACACUUUCUGCAUAGAGCGAUCGCUAGAUGGCGCUGGUGCACAGAGCGGGCGAACGUUCCUAAUAUAGUAUAAGCACCGCUAACUGACGCGGACACGUGCGACAUAUAUCUAAAGCUGCGUGCGACCGCUCCGUACAUCCAUGCAACUAGGUGAGGUUGACGCUCUAAGCUAUCAAGGAUUACUUUCAUACUUAACACUAACUAUACUUCAAGACAAAUACAAUCCAAAGACUAUAACGAUCAAAUGAUCACAUUUUGAAAAGGUACCGACGGUUAUGUAAAAUUCGCUAAUGAUACAAAC